AUGUCGGUAGUACCACAUAAGCCCGCCCCGGAACAGUCCGGUUUGCCUGGCUUCACAUUGCCUCUUGACUAUCUCCCUAAAUCAUCCACAUAUGGGCUAGAAUAUGCAAUACUUAUCCUUAUUAGAUCCCUCAAGGUUCAUCGAGAAAUAGUAAUGAUGCGCGUGAUGAACGCCAUUACUGACAAGCCAGAGUGGAACCAGAAGAUUUUCAAUGAGGAAAUAACUACCAAAUGGCGCGAAGAGAUCUCUAGCAGUGGCGAGGAUAUCUCCCCGGCAAUGAUGGACUAUAUCGUUAAGGAAUUGCAAUGGAAAGCCAAUCUCCUCAAUUCCGACGGUUUCAUCACUAUCUUUGACAUUGGCGUGGUCAAAUCAGACACCGCAAUCCCAGAAGAAUUGCGGAAAGCCCUGGUGGAUGAAGUGGCUCCUUUGGAAAACAUACCGGACGACCAGAAAGAUUACCAUCCUGGAACAGACCAAAAGGUCCUUGAUCUUGUCCAUCCAUCACUUUUUCCGCUCGUAUACGGACGCAGCCGUAUCUUGCGCGAUAAGUCGAUUGGUCUUGAAGACUGUCUCGAUACCACAGGACAAGGAGAAAUACUGACAGUCCCCAAAGAUGCGGGUGGUCGCUGGAGUCGCAAGUUCCAAUGGCUUCCUUGUGACGUGAAGCUGAGCUCCACAGAAGCGGAGCCCGAGUGCCGCAUCACCUCCUACAUCAACAAUUUGCAUCCCGGGCGGCAUCUUACCUUGUACAAGGUCAUCGAGAAAGUCCUCGCACGCGCCAUACCUUUGUGGAACAGAACUUUGACUGGCGAGAUAAAGAAAAGUCAUCGGAUUGAAUAUUCCUUCGUUGACCUUGAUCGCCUGGAGCCAGAACCGGUGCAAGGACCCGACGAGACUGAUCGUGCUCACUGGCACCGUUGGAUGAGAUGGAACAGUGCUGGGACAAUCAAACAGCCGGAGCCGAGAGAAUUCACCGAAUACAAGUCUGAAAAAUCAAUGGAUAUUCAAAAGCUGUUUGGCGAUACUGGGUUGCAGGUUAUCGUGAAGUUGGCCAACAUUGAGCUGUCUCCUGAAAAUCCUGAGUACGAAGGAGGAUCCUGGCAUAUUGAAGGUCAACUGAAUGAACGCAUCUGUGCGACGGCUAUCUACUACUAUGACAGCGAAAAUAUUACAGAGAGCACUCUCGCAUUCCGCCAACGUGCAGACGAAGAGAAAGCCGAAGAUAUAAAUUACGAACAAGGACAACACGAGUUCCUCCAAGAAAUUUUCGGAUUCGGACCCGAUAUUGACGGCUAUUCCGUCAACGCCCAGAUGACGCAAGACCUAGGAGGCGUUGUCUGCCGGCAAGGCCGUCUUCUUACUUUCCCCAACGUCGUUCAGCACUGCGUGACUCCAUUUUCGCUGGCUGACCGGUCAAAGCCCGGCCACCGGAAGAUCCUGGCUUUAUUCCUUGUUGAUCCACAUUUACGAAUCAUUUCGACUGCAAACAUUCCUCCACAGCAGGAAGAUUGGGGAAGGGAGAAAUAUGAUCUGGCUCAAAAGGUGCUUUCAGAGAACCUUCCUGCUGAGUUGAGAAAUAUGGUUUGCGAUGAGGGUGUGCUACAGCAGUUGAUGAGCAUGGAUGAGGCGAAGGAGUUGCGAUUGGAGCUUAUGGAUGAGAGGAGUGCAAAGUCUCUGGAACAAAACGAGGCUUUUGAGAAGGGUGAUUUCAAUCUUUGUGAGCACUAG